CGUUGCGCACCGUGCGCCCAAAAAAUCCAAUCCAAUACGAAUGGAAAAAUAAAAAACAAAAGCAAAACCGAGGGAUAAACGAAGGAUCAGAGAUACUGCUAAAAAAUCAAAGUAAUGAAAGUGGAAAAAAAAAAAUAACAAAGAGUGGUGUACCUUCAGUAAAACUUGGUGACUUGGUCACUCAGUGAGUGUCUCAUAAUAAUCACUGCUGACGUCUCCCAGUGUCUCGUUUUACCCCAGAUAUGUGUUACCAGUGAUUUCCAGUAUUCCACUUGACCUGGGAAUGUUCAAUAGUUGAUAAACACCGAGGAAUAUCGAUGGUGAAAUGAUUUAUUUUAUUCAGUACCUGGUAAAAUGUGAUGUUAUCGAAAUUCUUCUUGACACUCGCACGUCCUUGAGUUCUUCGAGGUGAAUUCUCCGAAAAAAUCAGUGACUGAGGGACUUGUUUUUUUUUUUUUCGGAGAUACUUUUUUAGCCGAUCUGUCCGUCAAAGUGAUAAUGUCCGAGAGUUCGGAUCAAUUGUCCUCGCCGAAUAGCGAGUGCAACAGUCAAAUGGGUCAUCGGAGUGGUUAUGUGAAUACGAUACAGGGAUUAUCGUUGAAUCUUCAUCAGCAUCAGCAGAAUUCAGGUGUUACGACGGGGAAUAGUCCGAGGUAUGGACAGGAACAGAGUGCUUGUAAUUCAUUGAAUAUUUCUAAUAUGGGACUCAAUGUUACCGGUAGUACCGCCGAUUUUACACCAGAGCAGAUAUCGUGCAUGUGUGAGGCACUCUCGCAGAGUCAUGAUAUUGAAAAGCUCACCAGAUUUUUAUGGUCAUUGCCGCCGGGUGAAUUGGGCCGUGGAGGCGAGAGUGUUUUAAUGGCCCGUGCAGCAGUAGCAUUUCACCGUGGCGCUUACCACGAGCUCUAUACAAUUCUCGAAAGCCACCCAUUCUCCCCACGACGUCAUCCUGAGCUUCAACAAAUGUGGUACAAAUCCCAUUACUGCGAGGCUGAGAAAAUCCGUGGUCGCGCCCUAGGUGCAGUCGAUAAAUACCGUUUGCGAAAAAAGUAUCCACUACCGAAAACGAUUUGGGACGGUGAGGAGACGGUUUACUGCUUCAAGGAGCGAUCGAGAAAUGCACUGAAAGAAUGUUAUAAGAGAAAUCGUUAUCCAACACCCGAUGAUAAGAAAGAUUUGGCCAAAAAGACUGGUCUCACCCUCACGCAGGUCUCCAAUUGGUUCAAAAAUCGAAGACAACGGGAUCGAACGCCGCAAACCAGACCGGAGAUGAUCUCUCUAAAUUGCCAAAGCACAAAUGGAAACAUGAGUAAUGGAGUGAGCAGUACAGGGGGUCCACAUCAGCCGCUGCAGCCCCUAGAGUCGAGUAGUCCAAACCUUGCGAUGUCACCGAUAUCAACGAUAGGAAUGUCCCCAGUUGGAAUGAACCCGUGCAGUCCAAUGGGCAUGAGUCCAAUGGGACCCCAUCAUCACGGAUAUGCUGCACCAGUGACCCCAUCAUCAGUGCAUUCAGCUCAUCCUCACAACGGCGCCCUCAGCCCCAUGAAUGAUGUCAAAACCCUGUGCUACGGACGUGGAGUCUACGACAGCGGAAAAGACAUGGAUCAAGCCGCGGUCUACUACUCCAGUCACACCGGCAUGCAUCAUCAGUAUUAUCAGCAGAGUCACCACCAGAUGAUGACUGGAACUCAUCAUCAUCACCAUCAGCAAACAAUGUCCAGUGGUUAUGAAAUUAUGUUACCCCCGCCCCAGCACUCGAUGUGACCUGCAGAUUGUAAUUCUCGUGAGGAUCAAUCCACUAGUGAUGAUAUUCUCUCGCGAAUACACGCAUUUGCGUGAACAGAACCGGUGUUAUUUACUUAAAUUAGUUAAUUACUUGAUGAAGGCUAUCGCGUUAUAAGAGAAUUCAUUCUUUUUCAUCUUUAGGGGUAAAUCAGUAGAGAAAUGUCAGUCAGACUGGUUUUGAGGAGCAGGCCGUGUCAAUUUUUAGGGAACUUGUGUUUCUCGUUGCCAAAUCUUCAUUGACAAUCAUUUUCCUUUUAUAAACAAAAAAAAAAUCAAUAAAUAAAAAUUGGCAAGUGCUUCUUUUGGAGAGGGUGGAGUCAAAUCUCAAAAUUGAAUUCCAAAAUUUUUUGGUAGAAACCGCAAGCGAAGAAAAUCAAUAGAUUUGAAAUUUUGUGUAAGAUUUAUUUCGUUGUGACUAUUAGACGUAUAAAAAUCUCGAAAAAUUUAUUUCAUCAAGUUAUUAUUGACGACUUCGAAAUGAUUUCUUUUAUUCAAGCACCCACUUCAACCCAAUGUCUCCCAUCUCAAUAACGACUGUUAGAAGAAAUUAUCCCUGACCUAAUUGGAGACAAUUUCCCGCAGAAAGCAAUUAAGGAGUCCUUGAGAAAGCACUGUCAAGGUAAUGCACCAUUUUCUCCUUCAGUUUUUUUAGAAUCCAUUCAACUGCAGAAAAAAAAAUGCAUCCAAUUUUUUUUUCUUUCCAAAAAAUGAGAACUGAAUUUUUUCACUCAUCUUCAAUCCUAACUGCUAAACAUUGCUCUCAAUGCAAUUUAUUCAAAGGAAUACCCAUAGCAAUAAAUGAAACAAACUUUGAAUAAAUUUUUCUAAAGAUCAAUAGUCUACUGCAGUAGAAAUGCACUACGAAAAAAAUUUCAGGUAAAAUAAUAAUAGUCCCAAAAAGUUGUAAGCAUUUUUAUGGUAUCACUUACUGUAAAUAGUACUGAUGGAACAACAGAUAGCGAUAAUUAUUACGUGUAUCAAAUGUAUAUAAAGCGAUCGAAG